GUCGUCAAACACGGAUGUAAGCAGCCUGUCACUGCACAGAUAUGUGGAGCGAUUUGAAUUGCACGCCCGAGAGGUUUAACAUCACUUUCUAAAGUACUAAGCCGACAGCUGUCCUGAACAAUCACUGUCACGAAGCGGUAAUAAACUACUCCCAAAAAUUAUGCUGCACUUUUCCCUCAGCACUCCGGAGAGGGUUGAGAAUUAACAGACGGAACACACGGAACUCAGUCGCAGUGGGAAGACAUACGGUUGUGUAUCGGGGUGUGUGUGUAUAGCGAUUAUGGAGUCGGGACGGCGGAGAGGUAUAAGCGGCGUCCUGUCCUCUCUGUCUCUGUUAUGUGUUCUUCUGGACCUGCAGCUGGACGGUGUGUUAGGAGCCACACCUGUGGAGAUUGAGCACCAUCUGGAAAUGGGUCGUAAGCUGCUGGCAGCCGGACAGCUUGCUGAGGCCCUGUCCCACUAUCACUCAGCUGUCGAGGGUGACUCAAAAAAUUACCUGACGUACUACAAACGUGCAGCAGUUUUUUUGGCCAUGGGCAAGUCUAAAUCAGCACUUCCAGACCUGACCCAGGCCAUACAGCUAAAGCCGGACUUCCUCGCUGCCAGAUUGCAGAGGGGUUAUAUUCUACUGAAACAGGGAAGCACUCAGGAGGCUAAAGAAGACUUCCAAGCUGUACUGAAGCGUUCUCCGGAUAAUGAAGAAGCUCAUGAUCAGCUCCACAAGGCCGAUGAGCUAGAAUCACAACUGGAAGAGGCACACAAGGCCCAUCACCGUGGCGACUAUGUCACUGCUAUCCAGGUGCUGGAGCGGGUAAUAGAGCUCUCUCCGUGGGACCCGGAAUCCCGAGAGCUGAGGGCAGAGUGCUAUAUCCGGCUCGGGGAUCCAAGGAAAGCUAUUAUGGACUUGACUCCGGCAACACGUCUCCGUGCAGACAACCGAGCAGGCUUCCUGAAACUUAGUCAGCUGCACUAUAGUCUGGGCGAGCAUCACGACUCUCUUAAUCAGGUUCGUGAGUGUCUGAAGCUGGAUCAGGAUGAUAAGGAGUGUUUUGCCCACUACAAACUGGUUAAAAAGCUUAGCAAGCAGCUGGACUCGGCAGAGGAACUGAUCUCAGAGCAGAGGUAUCAGGAAGCCAUUGAGAAGUAUGAAUCAGUGAUGAAAACAGAGCCGAACGUUCUGUUCUAUACUAAUAAGGCGAAUGAGAGGAUCUGCUUCUGCUUAGUCAAGAUGAAGAGUGCUGAAGAGGCUGUAGAUAUAUGUUCAGAAUCUCAUCAGAGACAACCUCAGAAUAUCCACAUCCUCAGAGACAGAGCAGAGGCCUACAUCCUGCUGCAGGAAUAUGAAAAAGCUGUGGAGGACUAUCAGGAAGCUCGUGAAUUUGAUCAGGAGAACCAGGAGCUCCGAGAAGGACUUGAUCGAGCACAGAAGCUUCUCAAGCUCUCUCGCAAGAGAGAUUAUUACAAGAUCCUUGGGGUGGGCAGGAGCGCCAACAAACAGGAAAUCACAAAAGCAUAUAGGAAGCUGGCUCAGCAGUGGCAUCCUGAUAAUUUCCAAUCUGAGACAGAAAAGAAAGAGGCGGAGAAAAGGUUUAUUGAUAUCGCCUCUGCAAAGGAGGUGCUUACAGAUCCAGAAAUGCGUCAGAAGUUUGAUUCUGGUGAGGAUCCUCUAGAUCCUGAGAAUCAGCAGGGCGGAGGAGGUGGAGGAGGCAGAGAAUGGCCCUUUGGUUUCAACCCCUUCGAAGGUGGAAACUUUCACUUCAAGUUCCACUACAACUGAUAAACAACUGAGCGACUGAUACAGACAAUGAUUCAGAUUAACUAGGAAACCGACUAGAUGGCCUGGUUGCUAUCCUAAAUGAACUUUGGUGGAACCUGAGACUUGAAUCCACAGUUUUGGACUUCCUAAGGAGAAAUUACUUGAUUGGGCAAACUCCAUUUAUUUGGUGUUUGAUUUCCCAUGCUUAAAGACUUUUAGAGCUGAAGGUUUUAGCUCAAUUUUCAAAGUUUUUCAGAUGUAAGUGCCAUCUUUCUAACGACACCCCCAUGCUGUGCAUUGUUUCUUUUUUCUUUUCUGCUGUUUAUGUUUUCUGUAAUUGACACUCCUCAAUUUAAGGUUAUACUGUAGUUUCUUUUGAACUGUGCAACACCAGUUCAUUUAUCCAAAUAUGAACAUAUUGCAGUAAUUUGCUCAACCUCAUGUUGUUCUGUGAAGAGCAUAAUGAGAUGUUAUGCAUAAUGUUAGUGACUGAGAGUCACCAUUGUAUAUUUUUCAUUGUAUGGCAAUAAGAGCAGCAUCAGCACUCUUAAAAACGUUCUCUUGUGUUUCAUUAAAGAAAAUAAUUAAUGCAGUUAUAGGGUGGGAAAAUAAACAAAAUUUUUAUUUUUU